AUGUCCACGGGAGGAUCAACUGAAGGAUACAAAACUGGCACUAUGCCAACUUUGUCACAUGAAUCAAUGCCGACAUCAGGAUCAACAAACACCAAGCCAACAGAUGGGUAUAUGCCCACGGGAGGUUCAACUGAAGGUUUCAAAACUGGCAUCAUGUCAACCAUAUCACAUGAAUCUAUGCCAACUGGAGGAUCAACCGAAGAAUACAAAACUGGCACCGUGCCAACUUUAUCAGACGAAUCAGUGCCCACGGCAGGAUCAACAAACACCAAGCCUUUAGACUGGUCUUUGCAAACGAGAGGAUUAACCGAAGGAUACAAAACUGGCACCAUGCCAACAAUUUCAGAUGAAUCAAUGCCCACGGGAGGAUCAACCGAAGGAUACAAAACUGGCACCAUGCCAACUAUGUCACAUGAAUCUAUGCCCACGGGAGGAUCAACCGAAGGAUACAAAACUGGCACCAUGCCAACUAUGUCACACGAAUCUAUGCCCACGGGAGGAUCAACCGAAGGAUACAAAACUGGCACCAUGCCAACUAUGUCAGAUGAAUUAAUGCCCACGGGAGGAUCAACAAACACCAAGCCUACAGACUGGUCUAUGUCGUCCAUGGGAGGUUCAACUGAAGGAUACAAAACUGGCACCAUGCCAACUAUGUCACAUAAAUCUAUGCCCACGGGAGGGUCAACCGAAGGAUACCAAACUGGCACCAUGCCAACUAUGUCAGAUGAAUCAAUGCCUACGGGAGGAUAUACAAACACCAAGCCUACAGACUGGUCUAUGUCGUCCAUGGGAGGAUCAACUGAAGGAUACAAAACUGGCACAAUGCCAACUAUGUCACAUGAAUCUAUGCCUACGGGAGGAUCAACCGAAGGAUACAAAACUGGCACAAUGCCAACUAUGUCACAUGAAUCUAUGCCCACGGGAGGGUCAACCGAAGGAUACAAAACUGGCACCAUGCCAACUAUGUCAGAUGAAUAUAUGCCCACGGGAGGAUCAACAAACACCAAGCCUACAGACUGGUCUAUGUCGCCCAUGGGAGGUUCAACUGAAGGAUACAAAACUGGCACCAUGCCAACUAUGUCACAUGAAUCUAUGCCCACGGGAGGAUCAACCGAAGGAUACAAAACUGGCACAAUGCCAACUAUGUCAGAUGAAUUAAUGCCCACGGGAGGUUCAACAAACACCAAGCCUACAGACAAGCCUGUGUCUCCCACGGGGGCAUCAACAGAAGGAUACAAAACUGGCACCAUGCCAACUUUGUCACAUGAAUCUAUGCCCACGGGAGGAUCAACCGAAGGAUACCAAACUGGCACCAUGCCAACUAUGUCAGAUGAAUCAAUGCCCACGGGAGGAUCAACAAACACCAAGCCUACAGACUGGUCUAUGUCGUCCAUGGGAGGUUCAACUGAAGGAUACAAAACUGGCACCAUGCCAACUAUGUCACAUGAAUCUAUGCCAACGGGAGGAUCAACCGAAGGAUACCAAACUGGCACCAUGCCAACUAUGUCACAUGAAUCAAUGCCUACGGGAGGAUCAACAAACACCAAGCCAACAGACUGGUCUAUGUCACCCACGGAAGGAUCAACCGAAGGAUACAAAACUGGCACCAUGCCAACUAUGUCAGAUGAAUAUAUGCCCACGGGAGGAUCAACCGAAGGAUACAAAACUGGCACCAUGCCAACUAUGUCAGAUGAAUUGAUGCCCACGGGAGGAUCAACAAACACCAAGUCUACAGACUGGUCUAUGUCACCCACGGGAAGUUCAACUGAAGGAUACAAAACUGGCACCAUGCCAACUAUGUCACAUGAAUCUAUGCCCACGGGAGGAUCAACAAACACCAAGCCUACAAACUGGUCUAUGUCGCCCAUGGGAGGUUCAACUGAAGGAUACAAAACUGGCACCAUGCCAACUAUGUCAGAUGAAUCUAUGCCCACGGGAGGAUCAACCGAAGGAUACCAAACUGGCACCAUGCCAACUAUGUCAGAUGAAUCAAUGCCCACGGAAGGAUCAACAAACACCAAGCCUACAGACUGGUCUAUGUCGUCCAUGGGAGGUUCAACUGAAGGAUACAAAACUGGCACCAUGCCAACUAUGUCACAUGAAUCUAUGCCCACGGGAGGAUCAACCGAAGGAUACCAAACUGGCACCAUGCCAACUAUGUCAGAUGAAUCAAUGCCUACGGGAGGAUCAACAAACACCAAGCCUACAGACUGGUAUAUGUCACCCACGGGAGGUUCAACUGAAGGAUACAAAACUGGAACCAUGCCAACUAUGUCAGAUGAAUCUAUGCCCACGGGAGGAUCAACAAACACCAAGCCUACAGACUGGUCUAUGUCACCCACGGGAGGAUCAACCGAAGGAUACAAAACUGGCACCAUGCCAACUAUGUCAGAUAAAUUAAUGCCCACGGGAGGAUCAACAAACACCAAGCCUACAGACUGGUCUAUGUCACCCACGGGAGGUUCAACUGAAGGAUACAAAACUGGCACCAUGCCAACUAUGUCAGAUGAAUCAAUGCCCACGGGAGGAUCAACAAACACCAAGCCUACAGACUGGUCUAUGUCGCCCAUGGGAGGUUCAACUGAAGGAUACAAAACUGGCACCAUGCCAACUAUGUCAGAUGAAUCAAUGCCCACGGGAGGAUCAACAAACACCAAGCCUACAGACUGGUCUAUGUCACCCACGGGAGGUUCAACUGAAGGAUACAAAACUGGCACCAUGCCAACUAUGUCACAUGAAUCUAUGCCCACGGGAGGAUCAACAAACACCAAGCCUACAGACUGGUCUAUGUCACCCACGGGAGGAUCAACCGAAGGAUACAAAACUGGCACCAUGCCAACAAUUUCAGAUGAAUCUAUGCCAACGGGAGGAUCAACAAACACCAAGCCUACAGACUGGUCUAUGUCGCCCACGGGAGGAUCAUCCGAAGGAUACAAAACUGGCACCGUGCCAACUAUGUCAGAUGAAUCUAUGCCCACGGGAGGAUCAACCGAAGGAUACAAAACUGGCACCAUGCCAACUAUUUCAGAUGAAGCUAUGCCCACUGGCGGAUCAACAAACACUAUAGCUUCAUUUGGGUCUAUAUCAACGGGAGGAUCAACAAACACCAUGCCUUCAUCUGGGUCGAUGUUCACAGGAGGAUCAACAAACAUAAUGCCUACAUCUGGGUCGAUUUCGACGGGAGGAUCAACAAACACCCUGCCUUCAUCUGGGUCGAUGUCCACAGGAGAAUCAACAAACACCAUGCCUUCAUCUGGGUCAAUGCCCACGGUAGGAUCAACGGAAGAAUAUACGAUUGGCAUCGUGCCAUCUAUGUCAGAUGAAUCCAUGUCCACGGGAGGGCCCACAAACGCCGUGCCUACAGAUGUGUCGAUUUCCACGGUGUCAGUGACUGUACCGACAUCAUCAGAUACGUCUCUGUCAACAGGAACACCAUAUUCGUCUUACCAUUCUUCCACGACGGUACACGAUACAGACGCAACCUUACCAAAUACAUUAGUUACCUCACAAAGCACAUCGGAGACAGCAACUCAGUCACCUUACUCGCAAUCUACAUCAGAAGGAGGAACACCGCUGUCAUCAGAAGUGACACAUUCCAUAACUACAGCAGCACAGGGAUCAGUGUCAACGACAGGAGCAUUGAGUGGCUCAACAACGGAGACUUAUUCGUCGAAUGCAACACCGGCAUCAGUAAUGUCAUCUUCAUCGCAAGUUACAACUUCGCAAUCAGCAACAUCAACAGCUUUGGUAUCAUCAUCACCAACAUCAUCAUCACCAUCAUCAUCAUCACCAACAUCACCAUCACCAACAUCAUCAUCACAGUCACCAAUAACUACAGUAUCGACAGGCACAUCAAGUUUUACGGAUUCAUCAGGAAUAACCUCAUCAACGACAGUACCAACGACAGUACAAACGACAGUACCAACGACAGUACCAACGACAGCACCAUCAGCAGCAGUAACAACGACAACCACUACACCACCAACAACUAUUACAAAUACUAAUACAGCAGCAGCAUCAACGACAACUACAACGGCACCAGCAGUAACAACAACAACCACUACACCACCACCAACAGUAACAACAACCACAACACCACCACCAACAGUAAUCUCUACAACCACUACACCAUCACCAACAGUAACAACAACCACUACACCACCACCAGCAGUAACAACUACAACCACUACACCACCACCAACAGUAACAUCUACAACCACUACACCAUCACCAGCAGUAACAACAACCACUACACCACCACCGGCAGUAACAACUACAACCACUACACCACCACCAACAGCAACAACGACAACCACUACACCACCACCAACAUUAGUAACAACAACCACUACACCACCACAGGCAGUAACAACAACAACCACUACACCACCACUGGCAGUAACAACUACAACCACUACACCACCAGCAGUAACAACUACAACCACUACACCACCAGCAGUAACAACAACAACCACUACACCACCACCAACAGUAACAACAACCACUACAUCACCACCAACAGUAACAACAACCACUACACCACCACCGGCAGUAACAACAACAACCACUACACCACCACCAACAGUAACAACUACAACCACUACACCACCACCAACAGUAACAACUACAACCACUACACCACCACCAACAGUAACAACUACAACCACUACACCAACACCACCAGCAGCAACAACUACAACCACUACACCACCACCAACAGUAACAACUACAACCACUACACCACCACCAGUAACAACAACAACAACCACUACAUCACCAACAGUAACAACAACCACUACAUCACCAGCAGUAACAACUACAACCACUACAUCACCACCAGCAGUAACAACAACCACUACACCACCAACAGUAACAACAACAACCACUACACCACCACCGGCAGUAACUACAACCAACACCACCACAGUAACAUCAACAACCACUACACCACCACCAACAGUAACAACAACAACCACUACACCACCACCAACAACUAACAACAACCACUACACCACCACCAACAGUAACAAAACAACAACCAUACACCACACAACCAACAGUAACACAACAACCACUACACCACCACCGGCAGUAACAACUACAACCACUACACCACCAACAGUAACAACAACAACCACUACACCACCACCAGCAGUAACAACAACAACCACUACACCACCAACAGUAACAACAACCAACAACCACUAAACAACAACCACACCACCAACAGUAACAACAACAACCACUACACCACCACCAGCAGUAACAACAACCACUACACCACCACCAACAGUAACAACAACCACUACACCACCACCAGCAGUAACAACAACAACCACUACACCACCACCAACAGUAACAACUACAACCACUACACCACCACCAGCAGUAACAACAACAACCACUACACCACCACCAACAGUAACAACUACAACCACUACACCACCACCAACAGUAACAACUACAACCACUACACUACCACCAGCAGUAACUACAACCACUACACCACCACAAACAGUAACAACUACAACCACUACACCACCAGCAGUAACAACAACUACAACCACUACACCACCACCGGCAGUAACAGCAAUCCCUUCCUCAACAGUAACAACCAUAACUACACCAACAACCACAACAACAACUACACCAACAACCACAACAACAACUACACCAACAACCACAACCACAACUACACCAACAACAACAACUACACCAACAACCACAACAACAACUACACCAACAACAACAACAACUACACCAACAACCACAACCACAACUACACCAACAACAACAACUACACCAACAACCACAACAACAACUACUACACCAACAACUACAACUACACCAACACCAACAACUACACCAACAACCACAACUUCAGCCGCUCCACAAGCUUUGGCUGACGUUGAGUCUAGUUUUGAUUCCGGCGCAAACCGAAAAUUCCAAGACAUACUAACAAUGUCGGUAUUGUGUAUAUGCUCUAUAUUAAUUUACAAUAUACCCAUUGUACUUUAACUUGAACAUCAUCCAGUCCGCUUACCACCAAGUUUUAUUUUAUUAGCUUAAAAUAUUAGCUGCAAUGUAAAAUGAUCAGUGGGCCUACUUAUACAUAUGCUUACAGAAAGACUCUUUUACCAUAAAAACGAUAUCAGUUUCGUUUCGUGUAUUGGUUAAGCAUCGAAGUAUGAUUAUGCAGGAUAUAUAUUCUGUAACUGAACAUGAAAAAAAAUGUAUUCUAACAUCAGGAUAACAGGACUAUAUAAAAAAGUAAUCUACAGACCUGUAUAUGACCCUUUUAUUUCGAUUUAUUUUCAUCGUCACAUUUGGCUUAAGAGUCUUAAGAGACUUUGAGUAGAUGUGCAGGUUAAAAGGGUCACUGAUAUCUGUAUCAAAAGGGUACCGUUCUAGAUAAGUAAUACUAAGCAACGCAUGUGUGAGGUGUCACCGCGGUAGUGUCGUUUGUGAUAUCAUUACGAUAAGAAUAAUGGUAUUUUUUUUGUGUGUGUGUGUGUGUGUGUGUGUGUAUUGUGAUAAUCUGACAUUGUACA